ACCUAGGCUGGCAAAGGGGUGUGACUGAGGCUAUAUAUGCGGCUUCGUCACCGUCGCUUCUACAGUAGUGUCGGCGACGGUUCCUCCGUCACCACGCGCAGGCGAGCCAUGUCACCUCAGGUCAUUCUGUCACUCUCCCUCCUGAUGGGGGUCAGUUCGGUCAGCGUGCCGGUCCCUGAUCAAGCCCUGGACUACGUGUUUUCGUACGGCGUCAACGACGACAAAUCGGGCAGCAGCUUCGGCCACCACGAGACGACGGACGGCCAGAAGACGGCGGGCGAGUACCGCGUCGCCCUCCCCGACGGCCGCCUGCAGGUGGUGAAGUACACGGCGGACGAAAACGGCUACAACGCCGUCGUCACGUACGAGGGAGUGGCAACGCACCCCGACCAAGAUCCUCACGCGCCCACCUCCCCUGCCCCUGCUGUGGUGACCACUGUUCACCCCCCUACUGCCCUGGCGUCCACUCACCCUCCUGCGGUUCUCCCGGCCCCGACGCACCCUCAUCGCGCCGUCCCGUCACCGACGCCCCCCUCCCGUGGCCACCCGGUCCCGACGCACCGGCAGAUUCCUCCUCAUCCCUCGGCUUUCCCAGCCCCAUUACCUGUGCCUUCGAAUGACAUCCACCACUUCCCGGGCCCUGCCUUCGCCGGCCAUUUUCCUCGGCCAGAGCCCGUGCGCCCUCGGCCUCAACUCAUCAGCGUGAAUGGCGAACCCAUCGGCCACUCUCGAGGCCCCGUCUUUCCUCACCUAACACAGGGUCCACAGCAUUCGGCGCAUAUCCGCCCUCACGCAGUCCUUCAGUUUGGACAAAGGCAUCCCGCAGCGGCAGAGCGCCCCCCUCCGGCAGACUUGUCCCUUUUUGUCCCCGAAGAAGAUCUGCAUAAGGCUAACUUCCCGAGCCUUUUGUCCAACGCAGUUCCUCUGCAUUUUGGCAACGCUGUCCCUUUUCCUGUCACUCCUGUUCCCCAACACCAUGUUGCUGCACACCCUGGGAAUCCUCUCCCCCUUCGUCCUAUCAGCAGACAUCACGGUACUCCUAUUCCUCAUAGGACUACUCCCGUUUCCCAUCAUGUCACCCCUGUACCUCAUCAUGUUGAUCCGUCAAGCCACCAUAUCACUCCAGUCCCUCAUGUUGGGUCUUUCGUCCAUGAUAUUACCCCUAUUCAUGACGUGACUCGCGCCCCACACCAUAGCAAGCAAAUUUCCCAUCAUGGUAACCCGGUUGCACAUCACAACCCUGUAGUUCAUCAUAUCGAGUCUGCUCCACACAACUUCCCAGCCCAUGUCGUUCCGAACUCCGUGCCCCUCCUUCCGAAUUCAAGUCCUUUCCACGCUGGCUCAGUUCCCCUUCACAACGCCCCGCUGCCAGUCACGCCCUCCCCAGGUCUCCAUCGCGGCCACGAACAUCUCCCGCACCACCCCACCAAUCUCCCUCAUCAUCUCACCCUUAACCCACACCAUACGAGUCCCAUAACACACCACUCCUCACCAAUCCCACACCAUACUAGUCCUAUCACACACCAUACCAGCCCCAUCACCCACCAUUCUACCCCUAUUCCACACCAUACGAGUCCCAUAACACACCACUCCUCACCAAUCCCACACCAUACUAGUCCUAUCACACACCAUACCAGCCCCAUCACACACCAUUCCACCCCUAUUCCACACCAUACGAGUCCCAUUACACACCACUCUUCAACCGUCCCACACCAUACAAGUCCUAUCACACACCACCCCACCACUAUCCCACACCAUACACGUCCCAUUACACACCACACAAGCCCCAUCAUACACAAUUCUACACCUAUUCCAUUCCAUACGAGCCCCAUUACACACCACUCCUCACCAAUCCCGCACCAUACGAGCCCCAUUACACACCAUUCCUCACCAAUCCCGCACCAUACGAGCCCCAUUACACGACACACCAGCCCCAUCCUGCACCACAGCACCCCUCUCCCACACCACUCGGGUCUUAUCCAGCCACACUCCAACCCGAUACCACACCACUCGACCCCCCUGCCAGGCCCACACCAAUCCGUCCCCUUCCAUCCUCCAGCCUCUAUUCGGGACAAAGGAGUCCGAAGGGCCAAAUCCUUUCGUAACAUCCUAGGAGGGAGUGACAUCCCUCCUUUCCUGCCCGGGGCGCCAACCUUGGACCGAGGGCAGUACCUUCGACAUAAGGGCCUCGACAGACCGGGCAGAUCACCUCGUCCUGCAACGGAAUCUGAAGAAGAAUGAU